GAGGGUAGUCACGUGUUAGUGCAAACUUCCUGUUUACCACUUGUUCCUUGAGACAGUUCAGGGAUUGCAACAGUAGACUGUCGUGUGAUGUGGAUGACAACAUACACUGAUUCGACGUCCUACAGCUACGAAAUUGCUCACUUUCAGACCUACGCCCUUUUUGUUAUUACAUAGGAAACAGAGGGGAGAUGAAGACGUAACACUGAGGAAACGUGAUUAGGCCAGGAGUCCUCGAGAAAUCCUGAGUCUGGUGCCCGUAGUACCUAUUUUGGUUUUGGUGAACACCUCUAUAAACAAGCGGAGCCGUUCAGAACGAAAACGCAAUGUUACAGAGGAUAACCAGGUAUACAACUGAAUGACUAUUUUAGCAAUGUUUCUGUUAAUAUAUUGAUAUUUUGUGUUUGAAAUCCAUACCGAUCAUGUACAUUUAGCACUAUAAGCUAACUACUGUAGCUAGAAGCUGGCAAACUACUAGUACUAUUACUCGUUUGUACUAACCAGCUAAAAAGGUUGGUCAACUCAGGGGCGAGUUAACAUCACACAGUGUGUAGAGUGUAUCACGCCGGCUUUGCCCUGAAUUCGGGGAGAUUACCCGGCUCCGGCCCCCUCAAUCGGGCAGUCAGGAAGAAACUGGCUGGGAAGGGAUGGCCUGGUCGGUCUUCCCGUUCCCAAGGACAAGGUUCUGCGGUGUUUGAAGGAGGGCAAGUUCGGAUACAACCCAUCGUGGGUCGCAGUGCGAUGAUGGCUACAUCCUCCUCAGUGUCCGAGAGCCUUAUGGCCUCCGGGGUGUCUGGCAGAAAGAGCGAAGAAAUAGCGGAUUUGAUAGAUUUGUUUUCGAAGAUGCAGUACAGAGCGAAAGAAGUCAACCCGCGGGUGGAAUUGAUAGAGAAACGUUGCUUGGAGCUGUUUGGUCGAGACUACAAGUACAGUGUCAUCCACAACACCAAUGGAGAAGUGUGUGGACAUUACCCCAGGCAGAUAGUCUUCCUGGAGUACGAAUGCACAGAACCCAAUAAAGACAGGUUUGAGAGCACGGUCCAGAUCAGCAAGCUGCAGGACCUGGUGAAUCGCAGUAAGAUGGCUCGCUGCAGGGGCCGCUUUGUCUGUCCAGUCAUCCUCUACAACGGCAAGCAUAUUUGUCGGUCGUCUACUUUGGCUGGAUGGGGAGAGCUGUACGGGCGUACAGGCUACAACUACAUUUUCUCUGGGGGGACUGAUGACACGUGGGCUGAGUCCGAGGAAGUUUUAGAGGACGAUAUUGCAGUGAGGAAUGGGGAAGUGCAGCUCUUUGACAAGGUGCGAGGCCUGGACAUCAAGCUGCUACGAUACCUGUCCGUGCGCUACAUCUGUGACCUUAUGGUGGAGAACAAGAAGGUCAAAUUUGGCCUAAAUGUCACCUCCUCCGAGAAGGUAGACAAGGCCCAACGCUAUGCAGACUUCACCCUUCUUUCUGUGCCUUACCCAGGAUGUGAGUUUUUCAAGGACUACAAAGACAGAGACUACACUGCUGAGGGACUGGUGUUCAAUUGGAAUCAGGACUUUGUAGAUGCGCCUUUGACAAUCCCCACGUGCUUUACCAAGAACUUGAACAUUGACUGGAGUGAAUAUCAGUCUUGGGACCUGGUGCAGCAGACCCAGAACUACCUGAAGCUGUUGCUUCACAUCAUCAACAAUGAUGAAGAGAGCGGCCUCCUGGUACACUGUAUAUCUGGUUGGGAUCGGACUCCACUCUUUGUGUCCCUCCUGAGGCUUUCAUUGUGGGCUGACGGAGCUGUCCACUCCAGUCUAGAACCUGCCGAAAUCCUGUACCUGACCAUUGCCUAUGACUGGUUCCUUUUUGGUCAUAUGCUUCCUGAUCGCCUCACUAAAGGAGAGGAGAUUUUUUUUUUUUGCUUCAAUUUUCUGAAGCACAUUGUCUCAGAGAAGUUCUCUGCUGUUAAGAAACAAAGAAGAAAAAACUCCCAGUUCAAAGACACUGAUUUCACAGUGGAUGACCUAUGCCAGUUGAAGUCCCGGGACAGGGGCAGUGUGACCAGUCUGAGCAGUGACUUCUCUCUGAUCACGGACGAUGCAGGGGGUGGAGCCUCCAGCCUCACCAAUGAAAGCAUGGACCUGUUGUCCAGCCAACCACUGGCCUCCAGCUGGAGAAAAGGUCCUACCUCGUCCCCCCAAACAGUGAUGUUGAACAGGCCCCUCCUCCUUGACGAGCGCCUGAGCCAUCCACUCAGCGAGGGCAAGUCCUCCAGCUCCUCCUCCUCCAACCAAUCAGAGCAGGGCUUCACACGCACCGGCAGCAGUCCAUUGGCCGUGCCAGGGAAGAGGCUGGCGGCGGAGUAUGCCCGCUCAGGCUCCUCCCUCUCCACAGAGUAUGGCAGCUGGCAGAUUGUCUCUGGCUGUGGCAGCAUCCACGACCAUGCCCCGUACCUGCUGCCCUCCGCCGCCGCCGCCGCCGCCGCCGCCGCUGACUCACCCCUCCCCUUCAGCUUCCAGGAUGAGGGGCCCAAUGGACGAAUGUGCCCGUCCCCCCCAGAGCGUCAGGCCCGUUUAGAGGCGGUGAGGGAGGUCUUCCUGGCUGCCUACAGCUCCACCGUGGGGCUCAAAUCAUCGGUUUCCAGCCCCUCUGGUGCCAUCUCAGGCCUCCUUGAGCAGUUUGCCCGAGGCGUGGGUCUUCGUGGUACAAACAACAUCGUCUGAUGACCUCCCUCCCAUCCCCACAUCCUCAUUGGCCGUUGACAUCUUUAAUCUAGUCACACUCUUCAUCACAAAAUCCUACCCUGUGAGGAAGGGUGGGGUGCUUCGCGGUUGGACAUCAGAAGACUUCAAUAAAAGAAAAGUGCCAAAAUUAAUUUACUCGACCCAGGGCUGAAACAUAUCUAAUAUUCAUUUUUGGUUCUUUUCUUUUUAGCAAAUGUUAGUGCCCUGGAUUUUUUAAUCUUAUCUGUGCCAUUUGAACUCCUUUUUACUGUUCUUUUUUGUGUGUUGCAUGUUUGUCAAAUUCAGGGAGUGGUUGGCCACAGUAUCAAAAGGGAACUGCAGACUUAUUUGGCCAUCUCAGUUGCUCAUGUUGUAGAGCAACAUUUGACCUUAAUUUCACACCAAUUUACCUAGUUCAAACCAAUAAUUCAUUGUCUUUGAAAUGACAGACACUUUUUUUCAGUUCUUCCUAUUGCAAGAAAAGAAAGAAUGCUCUGGGAUUCAUCUUGACGAUCUUCCUCAGAAAAGCGUGUACUUCUCCUUUUUUAGUGAAUGAAUAGACUGACAAGCUGCUAUUCAAUGCUGAACCAAGCUGGAGUAUCCACCGUUACAUUUCCAUUUUUAUAUAACAUAUUUUAAUAGAUGAAUAUGCUAGGGCAAUAUAUAUGGUGCCCUUUCCAAAACCCAUGAUUUGAUGGUUGGAUCAGCUGAUUCAUAUUCACAUGCACCUAUGUUUCCUAAACCCUCAAAGUGUGUGCAUUAUUUUUAUCAUCUGAUAUGACUGGUUUGAAAUGACUGGAUAAACCUGUAGCUUUCACCUAUCCUAUCAUGUCAGAUCAGAGAUUGUAGGGAAGGACAUAUGCUUCAGAACACAGUCCAACCAUUUGGGAGCUGUGCAACAAGACAUGUUAUUUACAAGGUCAAGAUUUGGGCUCAACACCAUGGGUAUUUCACAUCCAGUCACCUCAACCCCCUUUUUCUUUAUCAGUCUUCAAAACUGAAGCACAAAAAGGCAUUGGUCUAGUCCUUUCUGUACAUAAUCUUGUUUAUUUAAUAUUAUCAUAGCUCUUCCUUGCUGAUCAAGCUAGUAAAGUACAAACCCACCUUCGAAUUUUGCCAGUUAAGCAGUUCUCUCCACCCCACUGUCUCUCACAAGUUGCUCUUUGUGACCAGAUGCUGGCCUUUCAGAGUUGAAAGGCAUUGAGACUGCAAGGUGCAUACCAGUGUAUUUUUAGCAGUCGUUUAUCAACGGUUUAUCACAUUUUUCAGUGCAAGAUCUGAGCAGUACUUGGUAUUUUACGUUCACUUGAGGGCCAAACGGUUUUGAUGACUGUUAUACCUCAGGACCUUUCGUUGUGCCUUUUAUCAUAAGUGUGGAUGUGAUUCUUAAUUUAACAUUGUUUUCAAACACAUCUGUAUCUUAUACAGUUUGAAAGCUUGAAUUUUAUGGAAACAAAUCUGUUGACAGUCAAGCUCCAAGGUCAAUGGCUCUUCCACCCUCUAUCAGUCACCUGACUGCUAGAACAAUCAUAUUCUUUCUGCUUUGUUUGAUUACAUUAGUUGUGUUAUGAUUUCAAGGUAACUAAUUAUGUAUGCUGUUGAGGGACAUCAUUUUUGUCAAUUAAAAACAUCAGUCAUAUUGGAUAGAAGGGCUCUACCAGGGGAGUGCAACAUGUUAACCUGCCGGACACUUAUUUUAAAAUGUGUUCACACAAUAGUAAGGCUUUGGAAAUUAAGUAAUAUCUGGUUCUCAAGAGUGAUUCACAAUUAGCUAUAGGCACCUUUUUUAGGCUAUUAUUUACAUUGCACAAGCAGAGUAGAUAAAGCAAUGCCAGGGGUUAUCUCUCAAGAUUUUCUUUUUGGAGGCCAUUAAUUUCACAUAACUUGUUGAAGGGAGGGAAUCAGAGAAUCUCUUUUGGUUGGUUUGGACUCAUGUUUACAUAUUUGCUUUAAGGUAAUGCAAGAAGGUGAAUACUCCUUAUGUGUUCCAAAAAUAAUGUAAUGGAUUUCUUUCCAAUAUGAUGUUCAAGUAAUUGUUGAAGUAAUUGAAAAUUAGGUAAGAUUUAUUUUCUGCUCUGGCUUCAUCACAUUACAUACCAGAGACCCCUGUUCACUGCCUAAUAACUGUUGAUGAAUAUAUCACUUGACAUGCCAUGGUUUUGCAAAAAACGUCAAAAUAACGAUCACAAAUCAUUCACCAUGUUACAAUACUUCUGAAGUAGCAUAUACUGUACAUUGUAACUUGAAGCACUUCAUUUCCAUUAAUUAGUGUCUGCAUGCUUCUCUCCAACUUUGGUUUGUGGAAUUGUAUUGAAGGAUUAUGUCUUAUUUCUUUUUCAUUUUAAAUGCUGCGUUGCACUCAUCAUCCUUAUUUUCUGAGUAUAGAGAACAUUUUUUCUUUUCUUUGUACAGUCAAUUCAUUUUCAAGUAAUUUUAUCUUGUUUUAAAUUGCUCUCUUAAUUGUCGCCAGAGAUCGACAUUGGGAAAGAUUAAUUGAGCUGAAGGUUGCUAAUUCUGAAUUAAAAAAAGUUUAAAUACC